UUGAAGGCAACAGUUUUAAGAAAGCUAUUUGCAUAACUGCCAGGUCAUUCUUAGCUACAGUAUAAGUGUGUGUGAAGAAGAAGGAUAACAACAACAAGUCAAAGGGUUUGGCUACUUCACCAAAAGAGCAAUGACUAACCAAGAAUGGAUUAGGAUUUUUCAAUCAAAGGUCAAAAAUCUGAAGAGGAAUAAGAGAGACCGCUGGCGUAUCGAGUUUGAUGAUUCCAUUAAGGCAGACAAUGUGAAAUUAGGCUGGCAUCAGUACAUCAGUGGGGCAUUUGGAAGGUUCAAGUGCUCCAAGUGUAACAGAAGUUGGUCCUCUGGCCGGGUGAAUGUGGUGUUUCACAUGCAUCUAUCGUCAGGGCAGGGAAUGGUGAAAGUGCGAUGUUUGCGUCAGGAAUGCAGGCAAUGUGACGGCGCUCUUAUGGAGGAGGCCAGUUUCGAUGAGGAGAAACUCGAAGUCCUACUGGAGAAACUGAUGGAGAAGAUUCGUGUCAAGUGCUACCGCGAGAACCUGGGCAAGAGAAACAGACGUGAUUUCGAUGACGAAGACGAUGAAGGUCCCCCCCAUGAGAGUGCCCAUUGCGAAGCCUGCAGUAUGGGCCUUUGCACAAAGCGUUUUAAAGCCCGGUAGAAUAUGGUAGAAAUAGACUGGGAAACGCCCUAAUACACUUUUUAUAAUAUUUCUCUUUGUUUACUUGUCUAUAUCUAGUGGUCAUUGGGUACACCCUAAUGUCUGAUUGCUAAAGCUAUUUGUUGAUUAAAUAAAUGCAGUGAGACACUGGUGGAACUGGUGGAAGAUAGGUGUGGCUGCACAGGGCACAAUGAAAGUGGAAUAAGAGCCUCAGCAACUUGAGAUUAGAGAGGUAGAGAAGGCUCCUCAGCUAUGUGAGGUUAGGGAGGUAGAGAAGGUUCCUCUACUAUGUGAGAUUAGAGAGGUAGAGAAGGUUCCUCUACUAUGUGAGAUUAGAGAGGUAGAGAAGGUUCCUCUACUAUGUGAGGUUAGAGAAGUAGAGAAGGUUCCUCAGCUAUGUGAGGUUAGAGAAGUAGAGAAGGUUCCUCUGCUAUGUGAGGUUAGAGAAGGUUCCUCAGCUAUGUGAGGUUAGAGAAGUAGAGAAGGUUCCUCAGCUAUGUGAGGUUAGAGAGGUAGAGAAGGUUCCUCAACUAUGUGAGGUUAGAGAAGUAGAGAAGGUUCCUCAGCUAUGUGAGGUUAGAGAAGUAGAGAAGGUUCCUCAGCUAUGCGAGGUUAGAGAAGUAGAGAAGGUUCCUCAGCUAUGUGGGGUUAGAGAAGUAGAGAAGGUUCCUCAGCUAUGUGAGGUUAGAGAAGUAGAGAAGGUUCCUCUACUUGUGAUUCCUUUGAAGAGGAAAUGGAUUGCCUUUAUUUUGCAGCUGUUCCAGUGUGUGUACAAACAAUGUGUCACGUCCUGACCUUUUUAUGUCUCUAUUUUGGUUUGGUCAGGGUGUGAGUUGGGGUGGGCAUUCUAUGUGUUUUUUCUAUGUUUUCUAUUUCUAUGUGUUUGGCCUGGUAUGGUUCCCAAUCAGAGGCAGCUGUCAAUCGUUGUCUCUGAUUGAGAACCAUACUUAGGUAGCCUUUUCCCACCUGUGUUUUGUGGGUAAUUAUUUUUUCCGUGUGUGUUUGUGUGCACCUCGGGUUGUGUCACUGUCUUUUUUUUUCUGUUUACCUGUUUGUUUCUUGGUUGUUUCGGUUUCACUUUCAUUAAAAGAUGUGGAACUACAUGCA